AUGGUUAAGGUAGAACAAAUUAUUGCAGAAUAUAAAGUCAGAGCCCUUGAAUGCCAUCCAGAUAAACACCCGGGAAAUGAACAUGCAGUACAAGAUUUCCAGGCCCUGCAGAAGGCUAAAGAGGUUCUCACUAACGAGGUUGCGAGGGCUCAGUAUGAUCAUUGGCGCAGGAGCAGCAUUCUGGUUCCCUUCUCUCAGUGGGCAGUGCUACAGGACUCUGUGAAGAUGUCCAUGCAUUGGGGCGUAAAGCACAAGAAAGAGCCGAUGCUGGAAUCGCCGGUUUGCGCCUCUGCAGACAAGAAAACAGAACCUAUUGGUGCAAACAAAGAAUCACCUGAAAGUUCUGAAGGGCCAUGUGACACAAUGUUCAGCCUCCUGCGCUUCCGCUGUGCCGCUGAUGUUCCUUCAUCUCUUCUUCAAAAAUUCCGAAAUUAUGAUAUCUAAGUAAAGUUGUGACUUGUGGUUUUUAUGUAAAACAUCUCGUUCAAUGGAUUAUUGUAGGAAGUUUUGUGCGAUUUGUCAUUUGUAAGACCCUGUUGGCCUCAAUAUGUAAUAAACGUACAUGAAAUCCAAAA